AAUGCCAUUUUAUCGGAAGCCGCGGAGUUUUACACCGCAUUCAUUAGUGGCGGAGAAGAAGGCAAUUAAAAAUGGUGUCCAUCAUGCCAUAUUUACAUCUAGAUUUGAUAAGUAUGUUGGUGAUUGGAAUAAUGAUUUAAAACAAGGAAAAGGUCUGUUCCUGACCUAUAACGGUAGAUUGUAUGAAGGAGACUGGUAUAAAGGUUUCAGACACGGUUAUGGGACUCUUAGCAAUACUCAAACAAAUGGCACAUUGAGCCUGGAGUACCGUGGCGAAUGGGUUCGAGGCAAGCCCGAAGGCAUCGGGUGGAGGUAUUAUGCAAAUGGAGACGUAUAUUUCGGACACUGGAAGAGAGGAAUGCACCAUGGAUAUGGUAAAAUGUGGUAUGGUAACGGUACCUACUAUGUUGGAUAUUGGAACAUGCACAAGAAGAAAGGUCUGGGCAUGUUUGUUCAAGUCAACAGUAACCGUUACGAAGGCCACUGGGAGAAAAAUGUCAAGAGUGGGCUCGGACGUUUUUACCAUAUGCACACAGGCCAGCUGCAGGAGGGAUGCUGGGUGAAUGAUGUGUGCGUAAAGUCUAAAAUGUCCGACAUCAUAACGAGGCAGUUCUGUGACUUACCGACAGAAUGUCCCAUACCGCCGGAGGAGUUACGGGAUUCCAGUGAAAUUUUGGAAAAAAGUAAAUUGUGGCUCUCUCAGAAGAUUGGUAAUAUAGAUAAACAACUGCAAUAUUGUAUUGACCAAAUGUAUUAAAUUUACAAUGAAUAACAGAUCAUUAUGUAUAAAUAGACAGGGUACAUACUAUAAAUCUACAGGCUGACUUAUAACGAAUAGGGAUCAAAGAAAAUAGAUGAAAUUUUUUCUAUAGAAUUUAAACUUAUAGCAUUAUCAAGUUAGUAUUGUAGUAGUAUGUAAAAACUACUUCUAUGAUAUCAUAGAAAGAGUUUAUAUUACUCUACGACAGUUAUCAAACAGAAUUCAAGAAUCUAUUUUAUGCAGUUUCGAUCCCGUCUCGUCAUAUCAGGUUAUUGUUAUAUAUAAAAAUUUUACUAUACAUUUUUCGUAUCAUACAUAAAAUCUUAUCCUAAACAUUAUAUUAAACAUUACAUGUCAUUAUUAUAUCACAGAGUACUUAUUUUAUUAAGUAACGUACACAGUCAAUAUCUUAUUAUUGCUCGUUAAUAUUACGAUAAUGGGAUUGAUUAUGACAGACAAAUUGCAUACUAAACAUAAAAACAUAAACUUCAUUAUUAUAUACGAAAUUUCAUUAUUGUUCCGACUUUGCAAAAGAUUGUGCUAUAUAUAAAUCUACGUUCCUAUUUACAUUUAUCAUUUAUGUUACCUGUUGCAUUUUGUUUAUAUCAGUAUAUUUGAAUGUAAUUAAAUUUACAAUCCAUAACGUAUAUUCUUCUAUAACUAAGUACCUAUUAAUAUAUCUUCUAUAUUAUAUUAUAUUACAUAUUAUACGUAAUAAUAUGAGCAUAAUUUUUCGCUGCCGAGCAACUGAAGACUAAUGUAUUCAGUUCAACUAUUGCUUUAUGCUCUUGUUAUAUUUUUAA